AUGGCCAAGGAACGAUGCCUCAAAAAGUCCUUUCAAGAUAGUCUUGAAGACAUAAAGAAACGAAUGAAAGAGAAAAGGAGUAAAAACUUGGCAGAGAUUGGCAAACGAAAGUCUUUGAUAGCUGCGCCAUGCCAAAUAAUGACCAACACUUCUACACUGCUAAAAAACUACCAAGACAACAACAGAAUGUUAGUCUUAGCUUUGGAAAAUGAAAAGUCCAAAGUGAGAGAAGCCCAGGAUAUCAUCUUACAGCUGAGGAAAGAAUGUUACUACCUCAUGUGUCAGCUGUACACACUGAAAGAAAAACUUACUUCACAACAGACAGAAGAAACUGCUCAGGACCGGGAAGUAUGUCCCUCUGGAAUGGACUCCAGUAGCGACAGCAACUCCAGGAAUUUACUCGUGGAGGAUUUACCGCAAGUUCCUCUUCAGGACGCUGACUUUCCAGGACAAGAAGAAUUGUUCCAAAUAGAAGAGCCAACACCUACUAUUUCUCAAGACAGACUGGGAUUCGAUUUGGAUUCAGGUGAAGAUAAGUCAACUGAUAAUGUCUUACCUAGAACUGUAUCUCUCCGUCGCAGUUUAAAGAAACAUGUCAACAAUCCAUGUCAGUUCAAUGCCUUGGAUGAUUUUGGAAUCAGUCAUUUGUCAGAGCAGUCUUUGGAAUUGGAAAGAAUUAGAUUUGUAGAGUCACCAGUAAACACGCACAUACCUGAAAAUGUAGAACAAAAUUUUUAUCAAUGGAACAAGGAUCAAAUUUACUUAUCAACAAGGCUAAUUCACCCAGGACAAUCUACUAAAACAAAAGAAGACAUUUUAGAGUAUAAAUUAGACCAAACUAAAAGUAAGCACAGAGCUGCCCAAGGAAGAAAAAGAGAAGAGAAAAGAAAAGCUAACAAAAGGAAAAAAUCAAAAUCUGUCUCAAAGUAUAAAGGGAGCAAAAGUGAAUAUAAAAAAACUGUUUCCCAAAAAAAGUUGGAUAAAUCUGUCACCUCCAGUGAUGCUUACAAUUUUAAUUUGGAAGAGCGUGUUCAUCUCACUCCUUUCCGACAAAAAGUGAGCAAUGAUCCUAAAAGAGAAGAAAACAACAAUGAAUCUGAAGUGAGCAUCUGUGAAUCAAGUGGUUCAGGAGAUGAUUCUGAUGACCUCUAUCUGCCCACGUGCAAGUACAGUCAAGAUCUCACCAGUGAAUCGGAUAGCAGUGCAGUCACCAGGCCUCGAUCUAAAAGAGCACUGAAACAUAGGGGUGAAAAGGAGACAGAGGGUUCUGAGCCAACAAAAACUCCUCCUAGUGCACUACCUGAAACUCACCAGUCACCUCAUUUUCGCCUGAAGGAUAUCACAAACGUCCCCUUGUAUCCUGUAGUGAAAACCAGAAAACUUUCUCUUUCUCCAAAAAAGAAUGUAGAAAGCCCACCAGUGUCUUUGCAUAAACGUAGGUGCACAGCCAGUGUGAACUAUAAGGAACCCACGCUCGCUUCGAAACUGAGAAGAGGGGACCCUUUUACAGAUUUGUGUUUCUUGAAUUCGCCUAUUUUUAAGCAGAAAAAGGAUUCCAGACGCAGUUCUAAAAAAAAAAGCAUGAAGCAAGUACAAUGA